AUGACAGUGAGACCAUCACGGCCUCAGAAAUCCAUGCAGAUCAUGGCUGGCACGAAGCAGAAGAUGGAUCUAUGUCCGCGAGAUGUCAACUGUGGUUGUAAAAAGGACAAGACGAUACCAACCUUAUCACCGUCACUACUGCACAUGGACGAUUGUAAUGACCCCGAUUGUGUCGAUUUCAAGCAACUACAACAAUUACAGCAAUCGAUCGACAAGUAUACUGACUACUCGCAUUACGAGAAGUGCUGUGAUGGCAAUCAUGCCGCAGGUGAGAAAUGUAACACUAACUACUGCUGUCAAGGCUCUGUGACGGAGCAUGAAGAGUGCGACGAAUGCCUGGAUGAUUGCGAUGAGUGUUUCGAGGAGCAUCACCUCGGCCACCCUUCUAGUCCCGACGAGAUGCAUGAAGCUGGGACCCCGGUAAAGUGCGAUGAAGACUGCGACCAAUGCGAAGAGGAAUGUGAGGAGAACGGCCACGAACGAAAAGAUUGUCCUCAGGACCACCACACGAGCUGGGAGAGUUGCUUCACCACCUGUGGCCAAUGUUUCGACCCUGCGCCGUUGCCAAUGCUUCCGGCGGAUGCAGAGAUGCAGCUCCAUGAUUUGAACAAUUACAUGCCACAUAUUACGCCGUGCGACGAGAGAUGCACUCCCCCUCCAUACAUUGACGAUGCAAUGGCCCUGGAUGCUCUGUUGCAGCCACAGGCUCAGUUUGAUCUGGAUUUAGACCACUGGCAGACCUUUCAGCAGGCGCACCACUGCGCUCCUGAUCCAUGCAUAGUUGAUCCUCUUCCUAAAUUCCAUCCUCCACAACACAUUGACCCGCAAUAUGGCUUCUCUUUUGGCUGUGAUCCUUUGCUACCCGGCAAUCAAUACACUUGGCAGCAGCACGAACAACCGUUUCAACAGAUGUGUAAUGUACAAGCCUUUGACAACUUAGACCUCAACAUGAUUGCAGCCAACGUGAAUAAUUUCACACCAAUCAAUUUCGAUGUUCCGGAACAGAGCACUAACCCGGGGCAAGUGCUGACAAACUUGACACAGAGAGAGAUUGCUCAAGCAGCCCGGCCAAAAUCGUCGACUCCACCUGUAAAGAUUGGUAAGACGUGUCAAUGGCUCAUGCCUUGCGGCUCCGUAUGUGGACAAACCUUUGCACGGACUGACGAUCUCAAGAAGCAUGUCAAGAAUAGUCAUCUGGCACUGAAAGGCACAAUCUCGUGCAGAUGGGGCUCUGCAUGCAAAGCGACUUUUGCCACCGAGGCUGCAUUGACUGGACAUAUAUCUAAGAAGCACUUGGCACCACUAUAUACACAAAGCUCAGCAGUACCAUCCAAAGCAGACUCCAAGUCGCCUGCGACAGCAUCUGAGAACACUACGGGCGAUGAGCUGCCAUGGAAAUGCACAUUCCCUGGCUGCAACAAAUCUUUUAUGUACAAACAAGCGUCAUUUGGCAAGCCACCGGCCAGAGCACGAGCAUAUGGAAUGCAAACACAAGCAUCUAGGAUUUCCCUCGUCUCGACAACCUUCGAAGGCACGAACAAUGUUGCAAGUAUGGGAAGAGGGCUGCCGAGGCAAGCGAUGGACAUGCUCACCACCACCACCACCACCAUCAUCACACCAUAG